AUGGGGCUACUGCCAGAAGCUCAGAAAAUGAAUGUAAUUGAGGUGUAUAAGAUCUCUAGGGCCAUGUUCUUGGUGGCGGUCUUCGCCACUAUCCCGGGCGACUGGUUUACUGUCUUCCUCAUUGAUCAGAUUGGACGGUUCGUGAUCCAGCUCGGCGGGUUUCUCAUGAUGUCCAUUUUCAUGGCAGUUGUUGGAUUCCGGUAUAGUGAGGUAAGGGGCAAUUCUUGUGACGGACAAUCCCCAUCGGGAUUUUGCGACGGAAACAUAUUCCAUUUCAUGGUGUUCUAUGGGCUUACCUUAUUUGCGAAUUUUGGGCCUAAUAGCACAACGUUCAUCCUGCUGGCUGAGUUUUUCCUGGCGAGGCUCCGGUCCACCUGUCAUGGGGCAGCUGCCAGGAAGGCAGGGGCCAUUAUCAGUGCCUUCGUCGUCCAGAGAUACACAAUACUCCAUGUGGACAAGAACGAUGAUAAGAUCAACCGGGCCAUUGUUGGGCUAUCGGUAGUGAAUUUCAUUGGAUGUCUGUUCACUUUCAUGUUGCCGAAGACCAACGGCCGAUCGCUCGAGGAGAUCUCAGGUGAGGACAAGGAUCUCGGCGGUGGGAGGGAGGAGAACGGGAGGAAUUCAACGGCUGAGAUCUACCCUAUAGUGGAAAUGGUUUAA